GGAAACAAGAUGGCUACCACCAAGCGUGUCCUGUACGUGGGUGGGCUGGCAGAGGAAGUGGACGACAAAGUUCUUCAUGCUGCUUUUAUUCCUUUUGGAGACAUCACAGAUAUUCAGAUUCCUCUGGAUUAUGAAACAGAAAAGCACCGAGGAUUUGCUUUUGUUGAAUUCGAGUUGGCAGAGGACGCUGCGGCAGCCAUCGACAACAUGAAUGAAUCUGAGCUCUUUGGACGGACAAUUCGUGUCAACUUGGCUAAGCCAAUGAGAAUUAAGGAAGGCUCCUCCAGACCAGUUUGGUCUGAUGAUGACUGGCUGAAGAAAUUCUCUGGGAAGACUCUUGAGGAGAACAAAGAAGAAGAGGGGUCAGCGCCUCCCAAAGUGGAGACCCAGGAGGGAGAACCCACGGCAAAAAAAGCCCGGUCAAACCCUCAGGUGUACAUGGACAUCAAGAUUGGGAACAAGCCGGCUGGCCGCAUCCAGAUGCUCCUGCGCUCAGACGUCGUGCCCAUGACGGCAGAGAAUUUCCGUUGCUUGUGCACCCAUGAAAAGGGCUUUGGCUUUAAGGGAAGCAGCUUCCACCGUAUCAUCCCCCAGUUCAUGUGCCAGGGCGGCGAUUUCACAAACCACAACGGCACCGGGGGCAAAUCCAUCUAUGGGAAGAAGUUUGAUGACGAAAACUUCAUCCUCAAACACACGGGACCAGGCCUGCUGUCCAUGGCCAACUCCGGCCCAAACACGAAUGGUUCCCAAUUCUUCUUGACCUGUGACAAGACAGACUGGCUGGACGGCAAGCAUGUGGUGUUCGGGGAGGUCACCGAAGGCCUGGAUGUCCUGCGGCAGAUUGAGGCCCAGGGCAGCAAGGACGGGAAGCCAAAGCAGAAGGUGAUCAUCGCGGACUGCGGGGAGUACGUGUGAGGCGGUGCCUUCCCUGCCUGUACCCUGCAUGGCCGUGUCCACGCCCGGUGAGGAGCGGCCAGCCUCAGAGCCAGCACCACAGUGUCUUGGGGGAGCUGGGUUUUCAGCCUGAGCACUUCCUCAGGGUCAGCAGCUCAGGCUGCGCGGACUGGACUUCCUCUGGGUCCCCCAAGGCGGCUGAGGCCUGGAGCAGCCGCACGGCCCACUCUCUCCACCGCACAGGCCGGAUGUGGCCUCGGGCUUUUUCAGGUGUUUGCUGCCUGGCCAGGCCGGCCCCCCGGGGUGCUUCUGGACAUUUUCUUUGCUAAAAUAAAUUCUAAUAGUUUUGGUC